UGGUUGGAAUGGGACAAAAGGAUGCUUAUGUCGGUGAUGAGGCUCAAUCCAAGAGAGGUAUUUUGACUCUAAAAUACCCAAUUGAGCAUGGCAUAGUUAACAACUGGGACAAUAUGGAAAAGAUCUGGCAUCACACUUUCUACAAUGAGCUACGUGUGGGCCCAGAAGAGCACCCUGUUCUCCUCACAGAAGCACCACUCGAUCCCAAGGCCAACCGAGAGAAAAUGACACAGAUUAUGUUUGAGGCCUUCAACACUCCAGCUAUGUAUGUUGCCAUCCAGACAGUGCUUUCCCUUUAUGCUAGUGGUCGUACAACUGUACCUCUAACUGGAGAUGUGCGAAGGCUUUGGGUGAAUACUUGGCUGAAAGGAAUAUCAUGGGAAUUUGUUGGGGCAAGAUGACAAUCUUAUUGGUGUUUUGAGCACGGACAAUUCCAAAAUAGACGAGCAACUGCUUCAGAUGUCUAAGUCACGGGACAUUGUUGGUGUUGAUCUAAUAAGUGGAGUAUCAUGAAAAAGUCCACUUGAGUGGGUUGAUAAAACAAAGCAACAAUGGGAGUUUAGUUUCGGUAAAGUGGCAGUAGAGAAUUUUCAUGUACGUAAUGUUGUAUGCUAUUAGUACUGAAAAUUUUUACUAUUGAGUAAUUCA